UCCAGCCCACCCCACCCCGUCCCAUCCCGGCACAGCCAUGGGGGAGGCGGCGGGAGGCAGCGCCGUCCCCCCGCUACCGGCUUCAGAGGCGGUCGGGGGACAGGUGAAUGCCUUGACCGUCCUGGCCUUACUGGAAAAACUGGUGUCCAUGUUGGAAGCGGUGGAAGGACAACAGCGGCAGAUGGAGCAGAGGCAGCGGGGGUUGGAAGGGGCCGUGCGGGGUAUUCAGGGAGACCUAGGAAAGUUGUGCCGGAGCCAUGGGGCGACUGGAGAAGCGGUGGAAAAGCUGUUGGAGAAGUCUCGCAAGGUUUGUGCCCACACCCGAGCGGUGCGGGAGCGGCUGGAGAGGCAAUGCGACCAGGUGCGACGGCUGGAGCAGCAUCACGCCCAGCUCCUCCGCAGGGACCGCUUCAAGGUGCUCAUCUUCCAGGAGGAAAAUGAGAUCCCUGCCAGUGUUUUUGCAAAAGAGCCUAUUCCCAGCAUUACAGAAGGAAAAGAGGAGCCUGCAGAUGAGAACAAAACACUGGAAGAAACCUUGCACACAGUGGAGCUGGGCUCAGAUGAUGAAAUGUUUCAUGAGGAAGAUGAUCUGGAUGACAGCACGGAAGAGAAGACAGAAGAAUCACGAGCUGAGAAAAUUAAAAGGUCCAGCCUAAAGAAGGUAGACAGCCUCAAGAAAGCCUUUUCUCGCCAAAACAUUGAGAAGAAGAUGAACAAGAUCAGCACAAAGAUUGUCUCGCCUGAACGGAGAGAAAAGAUCAAGAAAUCUCUUACCGUACAUCAUCAGAAAUCCUCCUCUUCAAAGAGUUCACCUUUCAAAGUAUCUCCCCUCACAUUCAGUGUGAAGAAAGCCCGUGAAGGAGAAAGCCCUGCUGAAGCCGAGGACAAGCCAGCAGAAACUACAAGCAAUGAUCAACCUGAGAAUGAGGAUGAAGUGUCGUUCGCCAGCAUGCACUCAGAUCUGACACCUACCACCACCUCACUGACCGAGGAGGCCAAAGCAGUAGCUGAUUCUCUAGAGAAGGAAGCCAGAAUGGAAGAGAACACUGUGAUGAACAACAACAUUGAGCUGUCCAUUGUUGAAGAUGAUGAAGAGUAUGGGAUGCCUCUAGAAGUUGCUAGCCAGAAACUGUAUGAUGAAAGAAACAAACCAGUCCGUGGAGAAAUGGAACAAUCUGAUGAAGAAAGCACCCAAGCAGCUGUUCUGCAGAUAGACCAAACGGCAUAAUCAGUCCAAGCCUUCCACGUAUGCACAGUUUUAUGUAGGCAAGUAACUGGUUUCUGCUACACAGACACCAGUAGCAAUUCAAAUCCUUCCAUCCUCUGUUCUGCAGUGGUAAUUUAUUGCAUCAUGUUGGAAUGCAGAGUGAUCACAGUCAAUACUGCGUUUUGGGCUGAGUCACUGGUGUUUGUUAAUUUAGUGAUGCUGUCAGCCCCUGUAAGACACUAGCAGGGAAAGGGUAUGUCUGGUAGUAGCAAGCUGAUCUACUGGCUUUCUUAGAGUUAGGUUGGAGGAAUGCAUGGAGAGUAGUCAAAACCCAAGCAUUUCUGUUCUGUCUUCUUCUCUCAGUAUUUCACAGCACUGUGAGUAGUUCUGUAUUUAAGCGUAGAAAUACCAAUGAGAACAUUUGGGUUUGGUUUCCUUGCUCUGUGAAUACUCUACAGCCUCCAUAACUGUGCAUACACAUAGAAACUGAGAAAAAAAACAUAGUACUUAGAAAGCAAAGCUAAAAAGUUGUUUUCAUCCAUAUCAGUAGGGGGAAAGACUUUUACCAGUAGUCUCACUUAGAAGAAAUGACUGUGUUUAGGUGGAAAGGAAAAGAUGGCUUUCGAUCUCCCAGAGUUAUGGAAGUGCAUCAGUGACAAGCAGAACGUGUGAUCAGUUACUGCACCUUUAAGGGAUGGGAAAUUGAAAAAACAAAACAAAAAUAGAAGGGAUUUGAUAAAACCAUGGAGAUAGGCUGAAGGAAGUACAUAAUGCUAUGAAAUGGGGAAAAAAGCCCCAGUAUGAAGUCUUUACUCCCAGCUUCAAAAAUAUGUACACAGAUGACACUAAUUAAUUCUUAGUCUAUAUAGCAAUUAUACUAUCCAACUUUGCACCUGCACCACUUUGUAUCUCAGAGUAUUUUACAAAUAGCAUUAAUUUAUCUUUUUACAAAAUAUUGCAUAUAUAGAGCUCUAUCUACACAGAGGAGUUAGAUAAUGACAGGGAUGUAAGGACAAGGUUCUCAAAAAGGUGAAAUGCUCUCUUGGGCACAUCUAAAGGGAACAACAUGUUCGGGGUUGAACUUCAUGGCAGGGACGAUGAGUUUACAUAAGGAUGGCUCUGGGAAGCCACAGGAUUGGAUUCUCUGUUGGUAACUUUCAUCAAAGCCACCUCCUACCUGCUCUCAAAAUUCCCAGCUUGUAAUGUUUCAAAACAUACUGAAAAGAAGAGGUUACAGGGUAGUUUGUUUGCUAUGGAUGUUCACUCCUGUCACUCAACAAAGGUAAGGGGGAAGGAAGGAAAGGGAAGCACAGUACCCACAACAGUUACCUUACAUCCCUGUUUGUUUAUGCAGUGGGUUUAUCUUUAUUUUUUUAAACACAUAUAUAUAUAUAAAAUUCUACUGAUAAUUAACAUUGCACUAAAAGGUUUCUUCCUUCAACUUGUAUUUAGAAUCACAAAUUACAGGGGAAAUACAACAAAAAUACCAUUAUGAAAUGAUUAACAGGUUAUUACUCCCCAGGGGUGGUGUCUGUCACCAGUACACACUGGAAGUUAGUUGAUAAGAGCUUAAUGUAGGCAAGUAGUAUUAAGAGUUAAGCUCUUAAAUGUAUGGUAUCAUAUAGAAGAGACUGUUUGUAAGACAAACCAUGGCCUAACUUGUGCAGCUAUAUUUUUAUUUUGUAUUAACGACAAUAGAUUUCAAUCAUUUUUACUUGUAACUAACUGCAGAUAUGACAAAUAAAAGCAUAACAUAA